CGUUUUUCUGCCACCUUUCGGAAUCUGGCAGUGUGGAGCUGCUGCUGCUGCACCAUACAUUAUUUUCCAAGGCCGCGCACACACCUAGAAAAGUUCUUGUAUAAUUUUCCGUCCUGUGGUUUCUAUCUUCAGCAACCCCUUUUCACCUUUUCCCUCAUGUCACGCAUAGCAAGACCUUUUCAUGUCAACCUCCACGAAGAUUCCGUGCAAGAGCCAGGCAUAGCACGGAUUUCUGGGCCCUAUCAAAGCACCGUCACAGCCUCUGCCUCUCCCAAAAAGCGUCUCGCUCGACUACCUAAUUCGUACACGCGGGAUGAUUCCAAUGGUCCAGCAGUGGCAGACGCUCCAAAACUGCAACGUCGGUCCGCAACGAAUCCGAUACCAGCAACAAAACGGCCGAGCAAAACAAGCAAGGCCACCUUGCGGUCAUCAACGUCUUCGACUGAAGAACUGUCAGAACCGGAGCCAAUACUUCGCUUCGGUUCGCCUAAAAUAAAACCUGCUCGGUCUUCUUACAACGGUUCUUCGCCGUCUCCUAGCGACCUUGCCAAGACAACCACGACUGCAACAACUACGCAUACAGCAACCACGACAAGCAAAAAAUCGCCCGCUUCCUUGUCUUCAUCAUCGUCAACAAAGGAGAACAUGGUCGUGGGUUCCAAAGUCGCUGUCCCUAGCAUGGGUGUAACCGGCACUCUGCAGUUCUUGGGACCAACAGAGUUCAAGCCAGGUAUCUGGGCAGGCAUCGAGCUAGAUGACUCUGGCACCGGAAAGAACGAUGGCUGUGUACAGGGUAUACGGUAUUUCACGUGCCCUCCCCAUAAAGGCCUUUUUAUCAGUGAUUCUAAAAUUGCCGCCCUCGACGUCGAUCAUUCGGAAGAAAAACCCGUAGCCACAAAAACGACAGCAGCGAUCAGCACCAGUUACAGCAGUACUACCACUGGUUUAUCGCCCCCUACCCAACGACGCAGCAGACAGCCGAUCCCUGAAAUCUCACGAUCGAGCAUUGUCUCUAGACGCUCCAAGACACUAGCAGCUUCGACUCGAAAGCCCAGCAAAACAUCCAUCAAUCGAUCAUCGGACACUGCUGCAAAAAAGACAUCGCGAUACUCGGUAGAUAAAUUGGCUGCUGUCGAACCAGUUCCACCAGUUCCUGACAUCAAUGCUCGAAAUGAUGGUGCACAAAAGGCUGAGCGACGUGUGUCUAGUGCACUUGGCCCGCAAAGCACUAGUCCAGAUGUAACAGCAACUCCUGCUGCUGCUGCUACUGCUGCUGCUGCUGCUGGCGCUGUCGCUGAAAAAGUUUCAUCAUCACCUGCAAACGGAGAAUCACAAAACACAUCAACAACCGCAGCAGCAGCACCAGCAGCGUCAUCACCAUCACCAGCGCCUGCUGCAAAGACUGUGUCUGAACAGGAACUGUAUCACAUCUACGAACUGCUGGAAAAGGUACAACGAGAAAAGGACAAGCUUACAUCUGAGAUCAGCAGCAAAGAGGCAGCCUGGGAGAGGCUAGUGUCGACCAAAGAAAGCUAUGCACUGCGGGUUAAGGAAAAGGAUGAAGAAUUAGCACGGCUGCAGCAACAAAUGUCCGACAUCCAACAGAAAUUUGAAACCGCACAGCAGCAGCUUCAGAAACAACAAACCUUGUUGGAUAAAAAUGUCAAGCAUGAUUCGUCACAGGAACAGUCGUUACGGCGGAUCGAAAAACUAGAAGGCAUCAUCGAAGAUAUGAAAGCCAAGACAGCCGGAACCAUUGAGACACAUGAGACACAGCUCCGCGAAUCCAAGGGACAGCUGGAUCACCUGCACCAUGCCUUGAAAGAGCAAGAAACUAUGUCUGCAGCAUUGGAGAGAGAAUGCGAAGAGCUACGGAAAGCCGGUCUAGAAGCAAUCAACGCCUACGAAACAUCUAUACUGGAACUGAAGAAGAAAAGCCAGCAGACAGAAGAAGAAAAGAGCGCACAGAUCGACGAGCUAAACAAAGUAGUUGCUGAUCUGCGCCGUGGCGAUUUUUCCGCUCUCGAUGACUAUGAUAGCCACGAUCGUUAUGCAGACGAGUGGCACGAUCAACGGAUACGAUUAGAAGAACAGCUCGAGCUGGCAACAGAUGAAGUCGAGCAAGAGCGGAUACGCAACCACACACUUGCUAACGAGAAUGACAAGCUUCGCAAAGAACUCCAGCUAUUCCAAAUGUCAAGUGCUUCAUCCGACGACAGAUUCGAUACCUUGCGACGAGAACUCGAGACUGAGCUACAGGACAAGCGUCGGUUGAUGGAAGAAGCGGAUGCUGCCUUUGAAGCUCAAGCCCGUGCCGAGGAUGAAAAUUACCAGAUGAAAAUGGCGCGCGUCAAGAUGGAACGGGAGUUGGAGGAGGCACAUCAGCAAAUCCAGCUUUUGCAAGAAGGCAACAGUGCUGCUAACGGUGAUGGUAUCAGUCCAGCUCACCAUGGUGAAGACGAAAACACCAACAACAUUCAAAUCGCUCAACUCUCGGCUCAGGUCAAAGAAGAACAGCAGGGAAGACAAGUGCUCCAGAAAGAGUGCGACCGACUCCGUGAAUCUCAAAAUGAACUGGAACGGGAGUGCAUGCGUUUGAUGGAUGAGCUUAUGGUUGUAGAACAAAAUGGAAGCAGCUCUCGUCCUGCUGCUGUUGAGGAUGGUACCAAUGCAGUCGAAUUGCGAAAGCAGAUCAAGUCGCUGGAGGAUAACCUCUUGCAAGAGCGAUUACGCUACAACGACUUGGAGCACACCAAGCGAACAGAAAUCACACAGCUCAGCACCGAACUUGCGGAACUGGAAACACUCAUUGAAAAUGGAGUUUUCGAAGACAACGAUCUACAGCAAGCACUCGAGACGGAACAAAAACGUGUUCAGUCAUUAGAGAAAGAGCUCAAGUCACUAAAGGAAGAAGCCAAGUCAUCAGUGCCCGAGAGUAAAUCAAGUGCACACGACGUAUCGAAAGAUUUAUACUGUGAACUGUGUGAAGUGCAUGGGCACGAUGUGUUAAACUGCACAGCCUUGCCAUCAUUUAACGGACACAAGAAACCAAAUGAAAUGUACUGUGAAAACUGCGAUAUCUCUGGAGUUCAUUCGACGGAGGAUUGCCCCAAGCAAGACGAGAUCUUCUAGAAGAAAAGCACAACCAUAAAACGCAUACCCCGCAACUCACUGCAUUCAUAAUUGUAAAUUCAUUACUACACCUUUGACAUUAGGUACCGAUAAUAUAGCUUGCUGCGCUUCAACCCCUUCCUUUAUAUAUAGUGUAGUUUACUCUUCUUGAUGCAUAAUAUUUUGUCGUUGUGAUUCAUUUCAACCUUUGUCAUGUACAUUACAUUUUCUUCCACAUACCAAUUAACACCAAAAACUCACAGAAUUAAAAAAAAAGUAUUACAGAAAA